AUGAUUCUCGGCCGGAGGGGAAGCACCGGCAGUUGUGGUUCGCCGAAUAAGUCCAGCAACCUUGCCUGUUUCUUUUGCAGAGGGCGCAAGAUCGCCUGCGGGAAGCCUAUCGAGGGCAGUGCGGAUAUGACGUGCAAUCAGUGCGCUAGAAGACGGUUCAAGUGCGAGUACCCUGCGGAGUCGAGACGCGGGCAGCACAAGCGUUCACCGAGGAAGCGUGCACCGAAUUUGGGGCAUGAGGUGAAUUUUGCUAUGUAA